AUGAUUAGUUCUGCUGAAAAUAAUCUUUUAAAUAAUGGUGAAAACUUUCAGGAUGGUAUAAGAAUGAAAAUAUAAUUAAAGAUCUUUCAAGACCAUUUGGUUUACAACUGAAAUUUAACUAGUUUGAAGAACUAUAAAAAAAUACAUAUGAAGAGAUGGAUGUAUUAGCUAGUCCAACAAUUAUUAAAUAAGAUUAAAAGAAGAAAAUUGAAGCACGUUCAUCUUAAGGAUCAGUAUUUCGAUUUCUAAAAAUAUUACAAAAAAAGACAUAAUAAUUGAAAGAAAAUCGAAAAAAGCUUUCCUUUUUUCAAAAUAUAUAUUAAGAAAAAAUACUUCACUCAGAAUAUAAUAAAUAAAAAUAAACAAGGAGUAAAUAUGUUGUUGAUCCAACUAAUUCAAUAGCAUUAGUUUUCUAAUUUUUUAAGUGUUUGGUUAUAUUUUUGCUUCUUGUGAUAAUAACUUACAUUUGGAGCUUUGAAGAUUUGACAUAAUUGAUUGAAAAUAAUAGCUAUUUAUAUAUUAUAAUGAUAUUGAUAAUAGACAUAUCCCUGCAAUUUAAUUUAGCAAUAAUAGUUAGAGGAUAAGUAAUAAUUAAUAAGAAAUUAGAUAAUAUACGAUAGAGUAAUGAUUUUAAAAAAGUAUAUUUCAAGACAAUUUUUUGAAGAUAUGAUUUUUUUAGUUUCCUUGGUCUUAAUAAUCCAUACAUCUUAAAUAAUGUUUGUAAUAGUAUUUUAUGCUAAUGGUAUUGGGAUGCUAUUUAAAAUUAUAAGAAAAUUAGAGGAGUUAUUUGAUUUGAGUGUUACAAAGACAGAAUUAUUGAAGUUGUUGAAAUUGCUUUUUUUUAUAAAUUUAUUAGCACAUUUUAUAGCAUGUAUUUGGUAUUCGAUUGGAUUGAAUACAAUAGAUGCAAAUAAUAAUUGGUUGGAUUCUAAAUAAAUAAGAGAUGAAUCAAAUUUUAUUAAAUAUAUAUAUUCUUUUUAUUGGUCUGUUGUUACUAUGGUGACAGUUGGAUACGGAGAUAUCACUCCAUAAAACUAUUUAGAAAUGAUUUUAUGCAUUUUCAUAAUGUUUUUAUCUUGUGGAGUGUAUGCUUAUUCAUUGAAUACAAUAGGAUAAAUAAUAACAAUUUUAAAUCAUGAAACAGAUAAAUUGGAGAAAAGUUUUAGAACUUUAAAUAAGUACUUUAAAUAGCACAAUAUAAAGGAUGAAUUGUAAAGUAGAAUCAAGAAUUAUUUAGAGUAUAAAUUGAGAGAAGAAGAAAAAUAAAGUUAGAAUGUAUUAUUCUAAUUUAAUAAAAUAGGUAUACACUGUUUUAGAUUAAUUAUCUAAUCAUCUUCGAUUUAAGAUUAUAUCUGAAAUUUAUUAAAGUAUGCUAUCAAAAUGUCCACUACUUCAAACAAAUUUUUCAAAAAGUACUUUAUUAAAUUCUACAUCUUUACUUGAAACUCUCAAUUAUGAACCUGAUGAUUUAAUUGUAAGUUAAAAUACAUUAAAUGAAAAUGCACUUUAUUUUAUUGAUUAAGGUACAGUAGAAUUAUUUGAAUAAAGAACUAAAACAAUGUUAACUGAGUUUACAUCUGGAGAUUCUUUCGGAUAAUAUGAAUUCUUUACUAAUUCUCAAGCUGCAUUUACAUACAAAUGUAAGACACAUACAAGAGUAUUUAAACUCUCACGAUCUAAAUUUUUAGAAAUUCUCAAUAAAGAAGAUUUUGAAAUCUUUCAUUAUAUUAAACAUUGUUUUGAAUUUAAUUUACCUGUAAAACAUUCCGAAUGUAUUAUUUGCCAUUAAAAUGAUCAUUUAGUUCAUUAAUGUAAAUUGUUAUUUUAUAUUCCUGAUAUUUCAAAAUUGGUAAUCAGAUAAUAGAAUGUCAAAUAAAGAAGACAAUUAAAACAAAGAAGAAUUCAAAGAGAGAACAGUUUUUCUAUAUUGCCUGUAUUUUUUUCAUUUUUAUUAUUUUAGUAAGUUUAAGAAAAAUAAUUUGAAUAUUAUCAACAAUACAUCUAAGAAUAUUCAUAGAAAGAAAUUUUUGAAGAUGAAAAUAUAAUUAUAGGUGCUGAUUCAUAAAUUACUUCAUUGAUGUAUAAUACAUUAAAGGCAUCUGAAAUUUAAGUUCAAGUAUCAAAUCAAAUUGAUCAUGGAAAAGAAAUUCUAAAAGCAAAUAGUUACAGAAAAAUCAACUCUUAAAAUGUCAAAACUAGAUAAUCUUUACCAGAAACAGUAAAUAAUCUUGAUACACCAAAUAAAAUAAUAAAAUCUACUUUAAAACAACUAGAUACAAUACAAAAUUAAACAAUAGUUUUUGAUAGGAUGAAAGAUUUCAAUCAAUAUUUUUGUGAAAACAAUUAUGAUAUACAAAUUCGUAAAUAUAAUUAAAAUUAUGUUGAAAAAGGGUUUUUAACUACAACUAGAAAAAGAGCAGGAAGGGCAAUGAGAUUUAUUUAAUUAUGA